UCUGACGCCGCCUCUGUAGCCGCUGCCGCCGGCCUGGUGUGUGAGGAAGGGCCUAGGCCCGGCCUGCUGUAGUGGGGUUUGCCGGGCGUCGAGCUCCUCUCGUUCGUCUCCUCAGCGCCAGCUUCGCCCGCUUCCCGUCCCCAGCGGGCUGGGCGUGGGGAAGACCUGCGGGAGCCAUGGAGGAUGAGGUGGUUCGUAUUGCCAAGAAGAUGGACAAGAUGGUGCAGAAGAAGAACGCGGCUGGAGCAUUGGAUUUGCUGAAAGAGCUUAAGAAUAUUCCCAUGACCCUGGAAUUAUUACAGUCCACAAGAAUUGGAAUGUCAGUUAAUGCUAUUCGCAAGCAGAGUACAGAUGAAGAAGUUACAUCUUUAGCAAAAUCUCUCAUCAAAUCCUGGAAAAAGUUAUUAGAUGGACCAUCCACUGAUAAAGACCCUGAAGAAAAGAAAAAAGAACCUGCGAUUACAUCACAGAAUAGCCCUGAAGCAAGAGAAGAAAGUAGUUCCAGUGGUAAUGUAAGCAGCAGGAAGGAUGAGACAAAUGCUCGAGAUACUUACGUUUCAUCUUUUCCUCGGGCACCAAGCACUUCUGAUUCUGUGCGGUUAAAAUGUAGGGAGAUGCUUGCUGCAGCUCUCCGAACAGGAGAUGACUACAUUGCUAUUGGAGCUGAUGAGGAAGAACUAGGAUCUCAGAUUGAGGAAGCUAUAUAUCAAGAAAUAAGGAAUACAGACAUGAAAUACAAAAAUAGAGUACGAAGUAGGAUAUCAAAUCUCAAAGAUGCAAAAAAUCCAAAUUUGAGGAAAAAUGUACUCUGUGGGAAUAUUCCUCCCGACUUAUUUGCUAGGAUGACAGCAGAGGAAAUGGCUAGUGAUGAGCUCAAAGAGAUGCGGAAAAACUUGACCAAAGAAGCCAUCAGAGAGCAUCAGAUGGCCAAGACCGGUGGCACUCAGACUGACUUGUUCACAUGUGGUAAAUGUAAAAAGAAGAAUUGCACUUACACACAGGUACAAACCCGAAGUGCAGAUGAACCAAUGACAACAUUUGUUGUUUGUAAUGAAUGUGGAAAUCGAUGGAAGUUCUGUUGAGUUGGAAGAAUUGGAUCUGGACCAUUAAGAAAAUGGAUUUUGUAAUUAGCUUUAAAACUAGGCCAAACAACUAGAUUUCUUGAAAGUCAGAUUUUUAAAUCAGCAUACAUCCCGUGGGGUUAGUGUUUGUUUUUGACCUAACAUCCCUUUCUUCAAUGCCUUCUAUAGUUUCAGAUCAGUAGGGAGAUCAUACAAUAAUUGUAUGAUAUCUGUUUCAAUCCUUUUCCCCCCCAUUUUUACAAGUAAGUUGAUAUUAAACUUUUAUCAAACUUUUAGCAAUUUAUUUUUAUUUUUUUCUUCUUAAAGGAAAAUGUUCCUUAAUUUUUUUACAGUCUGAAGCGUACAGUAGAAAUUCUAUUGUUCUCUAAUACAUAAAUAAAAAUUUCAUUUUUUUUUUCAUAUUGGCAUGAAUAUGAAAUACCUACAAAUAUUAAAGGAAGAAAAAAGGUAAUAUAAGUUUAGGUUUACCAAAUAUGGUUUGUAUUCACAUAAUACUUGACCAUCUUAUCUAAAUUGUACAUAAUAUUUGAACUAGCAUAUGAAUUUGAUUUUAAUUAUUAUGUUCACAUGCUUGGGCUAAUUACAUAUUACUUUUGCAUCUGUAACUAACCGUGAUCAUCAUUUCUUGUAAUUUCUUGUACAUGUAUAUUAAUUGUUCUUAAUAGAUUUUACUUUUGGAAACAUGACUUGACUUUGUUAAAAUCAGUUUGGUUUGUUGUUUAUUUACUUGUUUGACUUGGUAGGGUAUUUUAGUUUUACAAAAGAACAUUGUUAUAGUUUCAUAGGGCUUUUCAUAAAUCUCCUUACAGGCAAAGAGCAAAAGCUUCUGACAGUUUUUUUCUCCUCAUAGGAAGAUGUACUGGGAAGAAAAUGUUAGCAUCUUAGUGUAGAAUAGUUAUUGUUAACAGUUCAUGACUUGAUUUUAUUUGAAAAUCUAUACUGACCAAGGAUUAAGCAUAAGGAUUGUAGGAAUCACUAAAGCUGUGGUCUUUCUGUAUGGAGGGUGAUAGAAGAUAUUUUUGUUCUGAGCCUUAUUGCAGACUUGUUCUGUUAUACGAUGAAUGAGAUUGUUGAAUCAACUGAAAACAUGAAUUAGAGUGAGUCAUUUCACAGUAUGUAUCUUAAGAUUAAGUUUUUUUUUGUUUGUUUAUGUGUUUACCAUUUGUUAUGUUAGGAAUAAGAAAAAAUAGUUUUCACCUUGGUUACUUGGUUACAAUUGCUCUAGCACAUCUUAAAAGGCCACUAUUGCAAAGUAUACAGUUUAUCAUGCUGAAGAUUCAUUCUGUCAGUUACCAUAGAAAGACCUCCAUACAUGCUUUACACUUUCCUUUGCUUACUCUCUUCCUGUUUCUUUCUGCAAAUCAUCUUGAUGUCCAUGUUAAGGAUUGGACCACGGGCACUAACCCACAUUUACUUUGUCAGUUAAUGGUUGAACCUUUUGUUAUAUCAUUUCAGAAAUAAAGUGCAUUUUUGAAAGAAUGAGUUUAAGGAUAAUAAGGUUAAAAUAGUCCCACUUUUAAAUUAAGUGAUCCAUUUUAAAAUUUGUAACUCAAUAAAGUUUUUUUGUUGUUGUUAA